AUGGCGUUGCAAGCCGUGUAUAAGCAAUUCCUAGCCGCGCCAAACUCCUCCGCGCUGGCCCAGAACGCGUCCCUGCACUACAUUACCACCCUCUCCAGCUUCUACGGCCCGACAGACAUCAUUAAGCACCUCAACUCCACGCGCAACCAGAUCAAGAAGAACAAGGAGGAGCUCCUCAAUGUCGUCGAGGGCCAGAACGCCCUCGCCGUCCAAGCAGAGCUGACCCUCGAGUUCCAGGACACUGGCGGUCCUUACCUGCCCGGCCUUGACGACCAGUUCCUCUCAGACCGAAUUGUCUACCUGCCUGUCUUCCACGUCGUCAAAUUCGACAGCGAUGGCAAGAUCACAACCAUCCAGCAGAGCUGGGACCAGGGAGCCCUCCUGAAACAGCUGGAUGUCAUCGGCAAGACCGGUCGCAACUGGCCUAUCCGCGAUGGCCAGGAACAAAUCAAGUUGAUUGCAAGGACAGCUGGGAAGCCUGCCGAGCCCACUGCGUCAGACGCUGCAAACCGCUCUCGCACAAACUCCUCGGGUACCUUGCGCGACGCUCGACCCAAAGAUGAGCCUGUCCCCGCCGUAAUCUCGCCCUAUGGUGGCACGCGGCCCCGCCAGCGAACCUUUGAGGAGAUCCUCGGCGAUGAGCACCACCACUUCGAGUCACCCGACCGCGAGAAGUCCCCAAGCAAGGCCGUCGCGCCCAAGAUUGGCGCUGGCAAGAACUUCCAGCCCUCGCGCUUGUUCGACAAGCCCGAGGACGCGCCUCCCGAGCCAGACAGCCCCGAGGAUGGCAAGUCUCCGGAGCGAUUUAUGAGGCCGCAUCCCAAGAAGUAUAACCACUUUGACUUUGCCGAUGGGUCUGAUCCUGCGGAUGCGCCACAGGCAGGCGUUGCAAUGCAUUCUGUCAAGGGCAAGCACCGAAGCCAAUGGGACUUUGAAGACUUUGUCACCCCCCAGAAGCCCAAGCCAGGCAAGACCCUUCGCACUCAAGAGAUCAGGCAUUGGGGGACUGGUAACGACAAGGACGAUAUUGAGGAGUCACCAGCCAAGGCUGCUGGAAAGCCGCGACGGGAUGCGGAGAAGCACUUUGAGAUGGAGGACGAUGGUAACCCACCGACCGAGCCGCGUCCUGCCCCUCGCCCUCGCGGAACAGUGCACAACAGCGGGCUGGGCCUGUACAACAACCAUAUGACCACCGACGAUGGUUCGGACCCCGUUCAAUCGCCGGACCCUCGUGCCCUGGGCAACAUCACCAACCUUAAGAACCGCUCCAAGACUUUUGCUCCUCACUUCGACAUGAGAGACGAGUCGCCCACGCAGGCCACCGCGCCCCACAAGGAGAACAACAAACCCGUGGUUCUAAAGGAGAAUGGUCCCGAACACCGCAUCAAGCUCGGCGGAGAUGGCAUGGGCAAUCCCAAGGGAGGUAGGGGCUGGUCGCUUGGGGACGAUUCUGACGAGGAGAAGCAGCCGGCUGCGGUCCCGGGCAGGAAGGGCGCCGCUCAGAAGGCGGCGAACAGCUUCUGGGAUCAUUAG